AUGUCUCAUUACUUAUUGGAAUCAACACUGUUCGUUAUGAGUAACAUCUACGUUACCGAACCAGCAACUCAUGGUAAAGUUAUUCUAAAGACCACAGUUGGGGAAAUAGAAAUUGAGUUAUGGUCCAAAGAAGCCCCUAAAGCAUGCAGAAAUUUUGUCCAGCUGUGUAUGGAGGGCUACUAUAAUGACACAUCAUUCCAUCGGCUUGUUCGUGGUUUCAUCGUUCAGGGUGGAGAUCCGACAGGUACUGGAGAAGGUGGCGAAAGUAUAUACGGACAACCCUUUAAGACGGAAAUUCAUUCAAGACUAUCCUUCAAUCGUCGUGGCCUUGUUGGGAUGGCGUGCCUUGAAGAAAACAUGAACGGGAGUCAGUUUUUCUUCACUCUAGGGUCGGCUACAGAACUUACAGGAAAACACACAUUGUUUGGUCGUGUGGCUGGUGAAACUCUGUUCAAUAUGCUGCGGCUCGGUGAAGGAGAUCGCCACCACACUUUUGAUCGUGAAGGUCACCUGGGGGCAAACGUUUUUACUUGUGGAUAAAUUUAGUCAAAACUGUCACAGAAGUCAGAUUCCGUUUUGUGCUCUGGGGUAAGAACAUCAAACAUUAGUGUCAGUUCGUCACUAACAUACUAUACGCUUCUGAAUGUAACUAUAACCUAUAGGCUUUUCUUGAAAGCUUGGACACUUGUUCGCACGAAAUUAUGUUCGGAAGGUUGAUAACUUUUUCGGAAAAGCUUUGUGCCAUGGAGAUUCCUGUUUCAAAUUGACCUUGUUGGUAUACCAACAAGCCCUAUGGGGCUCAAAGAACCAGAUGUUUCGGCUAAUUUGGCUCGGUUAAGUCGUCACAAUUUGAAAUACCAGUUAUCAAACCAUGGUAACAAAUACAGCUGGUUUCAAUGAAUAACCAAAUAUAGGAAAGAACAAGAUAAAUAUUGGUAUGCGAUGACACUAACCUUAAUAUCUUGAGUGGUAUAAAAAGUGAGUAUAUUUGGAGCACUGACUAGUUUUGAACUGCGUAAUUUGGAGUCUUUAGCCAUAGGCACGACUUACUCCGCAGUUUCAAUAUUUAACUGCAUAGCGCAUACAUACAUCCAGUAACUUCCACAACUGUGAUGCUCGUCACCCACAUUGCUUCCCUAUUUUCUCGUACUUAUUUUCAAAGUAUAUUACAUUGAAAUGCUACUGUGCUUGUGUAAUACGUACUGACCGCCUGUCGAUAAUAGUUUACAACCAUAUAAACCUAGUAUCCACACAUUGUGACAUAAAACUUGCAUCAUUAUUGAAUUGAUUCUAACAUGCUGAGGCAAUGUUUUGAAGAGACCUACAAUCAAAUAAUAACAACCUACCCAUAUCUUCUGCUUUGAUUGAUGCUUUAUAGUAAAAACCAAGGCACAACAAACGAAGUUGCAAAAUGUAGGACCUAUGAUGGGCAGAUAAACAUGCCAGCAUCACAGUCGCAAGUACAAGUGCACUGGGGUUUUUUGUAUUCGUGUCAAGUUUUUGUCAGACACAAACCAGGUCUAGUAAGGUUUCUAAACAAGGUGGCCCUAAUAAAUUGUUUCAUUUGGCUAGACUAAGCAUUAGUACACCUGCCAUAUCUCGUCCCAUAGAUUGUGUGGAACUACGAGUAACAAAUAAGCUUUAUGUAUGUACACUAAGAUUUCGUCUACUACCAACCCAUCAAAGCUGAUACGAAUAUGAAGUUGAGUGGAGUGAUCCUGAACGUACUUUACAAUCAAACAGAUUUCAAAUAGCACUGUCACGAAACAUCACAUUGUACUGGAUUCAUGAUUAGCUUUCAACUCACAGGAAAGCACUGCAUGAAAAUGUCUAGCGAAUUUUCUUGUUAUGUAGGAAAGUACUGGGCUUAUAAACACUUUAUUUUAGUGAGCUCCUUAAAACUUGAUGCGCGUUGAUUUGUGGCGGAUUAUGGGUAUGAGUGUAUGUAAGUUCUCUACUCGAGACAUUCCAUAAAACCCACAUUAAGUAUGCAGAAUCUGGCUGUCAGUUAGUAUUAUCAACACAAAAGUAGCAGUCAGAUUCCAUUAGUUAGGUUCAAAUCAGUAAAAAGUACGCGUUUAUGUAUUCUUAUUUCUUACCAGUGACACUACCGGGUUACUCAAACGAAAGUAAAUAUAAUUGUUCUUACUUGGUAACCAUUAAUUGAAGAUCGAGCUGCCUUGCUAUUAAAUCACAAUCUUAGCUAUAGACGUGUUUAAAGUUUAAACAUCCGGCA